AUGGCUCAAAACAAGUUCAAGGUGACAAUGAUUUUCAUGGCAUUAAUAAUUUUGUGGCAGGGAUUCCAGUCAAUCCAGGGAAGACAUAUGAAGUCAGAAGAAACCAUCCACCUUCAAAUACAAGGACGCAUUUGGAAGACAAAUGUAGCACCGCUUGAAGUGGGUGUGUCUCCACCAGCGCCACCUUCUGUGGCGGCUCCCGGUCGAGAUGUUGAUAAUUUUCGACCCACCGCACCGGGUCAUAGCCCCGGAGUUGGACACUCUGUUCACAAUUAA